UCAAAGCUCACGGAGCCAGUCUGCGCGAUGUUGUUACAUGAAUUUCGUCAAUGAACGAAAUCCUCCGGGCAAUUACCAAUGGAUUACCCCUCGACAAUCCCCCCGAAACGUCAAAAUAGUGCGGAAUUUUUGAGUCACAAGUUGAAGGGCCGAGGGCGAGCGUUAUGAGGGGCUCGAGUGCGUCAGGGUCAAGCUUCUAAAGCUCUCAGGGAGUUUCCAAGAACUGGGUCAGUUUCAGUUCCAGGGUCGGUGGGUUGGAGGACACAGUAAUGGACGAAUCGUGGUGAUGAUGAUGCGGAAGGUACAUUUUGAGACUGGGAAUUUUUAUUUUCGGGCUUUUAAUGGCUCUCGUUGUUUGUAGAAUGUGAAAAUUGUGGACUGCUCGGGCGUUAGUCUGUCCGGUUGCACGUGAAAAUAUGGGCAGUGGAGGGGUUGCCGAGCUACCGACGAUAUUUCAUCCACGUCGAUCACGUGCACCGAGCAUCAUUCUCAGUGAUGAGCGAAGUGAGCAUGGACCCUUCAGCAGCCCCCUCGCGGGGGGGCAGGAUAAUUCAGGGGGAUGCGAGCAACAGGGUUGCAGCGUUGUCCCUGGGUGCGGUGAUUCUGCAUCAAGCUGCCGGUCCCUCGAUACAGGGGGAAGUUGCGCUGGCAGCGGCGGUGGCCCUGGUUCAGGCGGGGGUGGGCACGGAGGUCAAGGACACAAUCCCUCGUGUGUCAGCACCAGUGCACCCGCUGUCUCUUAUCAAACACGAAGGCAUUCGUUAUCACGAUGCUACAAUUCUUGCUGCGCUGAGUCAGCCAAGAAAAUAUAUUUCGGUGUGUGCGUAACAAUAUGCGUGACUGCAUCCUGGGUAGGUGCAACUCACUGCAUGAAGUAUUUAUAUUACUACAAACCAGAAAUAACGAGUCAUUCAUCAUCAGUAAAUUCGUCAGUUAGUGGACUGCAUCAUCAGCCCCUCAUUCUCCCCUACAAUGCACCAUUCUUCACCACCUGGUUCUGCACGAAUUUCGCUGUUCUGUAUUUUCCUAUCUACUUUCUCUGCAGAAUUGUCAAGACAAAGUGCUCAAAUCCAACAGAAAUUAUAGCUGAGAGCUUGCGAGGAUUUCGGGACAAGGGUUUCACUGGGGGACGAUUUCUCACCAGAUGCAGUUUGUUCUGCAUACUGUGGGUAGCCACUAAUUACAUGUACAUUCAUUCAUUGAGGAUUCUAUUAGCAACUGAUGUAAUGGCACUAUUUGCCACCAACGUAUCCUGUGUUUAUCUUCUAUCCUGGGUUAUACUUCAUGAACAGUUUGUUGGAGUCAGGAUUGUUGCUGUGAUUUUAUGCGAUACUGGUAUCGCCCUACUGGCUUACAUGGAUGGAAUAACGGGUAGCCCAACUCUCGGGGGAGUUGUCCUAGCUGCCUCUGCUGCUGCAGGUUCAGCAGUGUACAAGGUGUUGUUUAAGAAAGUAAUCGGCGAAACGACGUUUGGUCAGGUGUCUCUAUUUUUCUCCCUAAUCGGUCUCUGCAAUGCCGCGUUAUUAUGGCCGGUCUGUCUGGCCCUCUACUUCUCUGGUGCUGAGAGCCUCCACUGGGCUCGACUGCCCUGGGCAGCUCUGUUAUCCGGCAGUAUACUUCACUUAGUGGCAAAUAUGCUGGGCAACUUCAGUGUAGCCUUGACAUACGACUUGUUCAUUACCCUGGGGCUCAUCACUGCUGUUCCAGUAUCUGCUGCCCUCGAUGUUGUCCUCUACGGUGCCCACUUCGUAGGAAUGAAACUCGCCGGUAUGAUAUUAAUUGCCGUCGGUUUUUUCCUCGUUAUGUUCCCCGACAACUGGCCCGACUACAUCACUCGUCUACUUCGAAACAUAGUCAUCAUGAGUCACAGUACAAGUACAAGUCCGCAGCAGCACGGCUGCGCCGGGGUUGGUGUGAGUAGGAGUCGAAGACUAUCGUUCCAGCAGCGUCCUUUUCGACGGAACUACGGAGUAACGUCUAGCCAUGGUGAUGGACAAACCCUCCUUCCAAACUCCGCAAACAACCAGAAUAAUUCGCUCCAUCGUCAUAAUGCCAACAACUCCUCAUCCUCUGAAACCCCGCUACAUCGCGUUCCCACCUCAACCUCAACCACUACCAACAAUCAUCAUCUCUCCAACAACGUGACACAGUCUGAACAAGAUGGAGCCGAAGACACCGGCACGGUCUGUCAGGUGGAAUCGCGCGCGAUGUAAUUGAUUAUCGUACUGGUUACAUUAAAUCACAUCUGCGCUCGCCGUCGGGUAGAGUUCGGUGACUAGAUCUAGUGGCUGAUGAGGAUUCAAAAUCACCAAGACCCUGGGAAAUCCUCGGGAGGAGAAAAAUUCAUACGUGAUGUGUUCGAAGGAGCAUUGAGAAUCAAAUGAACAUUCAUUGUAGGAAUACUAAACAUUAUAUGAGACAGGGUUUAAAACAUUUCCGUUCUAUCGAUUUACGAAUAGAUUAUUAAUUAUAUGUUAAAUGUAUAAUGUAUUAUAAUUGUACUUAUGGCAAACUGGGGGUUUUUCGAUUCGAAUGCCCUGCACUCUCUCUCCAUUCAUCAUAAAAUUUAUAAAGAUUCCUCGAAUCAUUCAACACCUGCAAAUAUUACUUUCCUUUAACGAAGAAAUUCAAAGUAAUUAACGAAUAGAGAUUGUUUAUAGUUUAAUGUUCACGAUGAAUCGCGCAAAUGAGUACAUGUUUGAUCAACAUCCUUUGUAACAUUAAAUUUCAUAUUUGUAUCGUAUAGUUAUUAACAUCUAGGGGUUAAAUUAAUGUUCUAUUUGACCAAAUGAAUAUACUGUAGAUGAACUAUCAAUUGAGUAUGAAUAAAAUGUGAUGUUUCGAUAGAAAAUUUAAA